AUGACAACAGACAAAUCUGAUACACCUUUUGCAGUGCCUCAAGCGUAUUCAACCGCGCAACCAAAUGAUUCAGCAGCUGAUGCAUAUGAAAUCUCAUCUGAUGAUCCUGCUCAGCCACCAUCUUUUCAGAAUGAAACGAAAACAAGUCCAACUCUUGCCGAUGAAACAAAAUCUCAUAGUUGUGGCCUGUUUUGUUUAGAUUUUUUACGUUGUUGUGCGGCUACUUUAGAAUGUUUACAGUGUUGUUGUGUGUUCGUGGAAUGUUUGGCCGUAUGCAAAUGAAGAAAAAUUCAAAAUAUCUAUUAAAGAUCAAUGACAUGGAUAUGCAAAUGGUUUCAACAUUAUUGUUGUCAUAGUGAUCGAAGUGCGCCACUUUCUUUUUGUAUUGGCCACUUCCAGAAUUUGUGAUAUUAAAAUUGCUUUCCUUCAUAACUUGUAAAUCUCCAAUAGGCUGUGGAAGUGCAUAGAAUAGGAGCCAUGUUCACUCAUUUUUUGAAUUAUCAUGUCUAGUCCUUUGGCGGUUAUUUAUUUGAUAGAAGUAAAAUAAAAUAUACAAUAACAAUCUGACUAUUCGAAAGA